AUGGCAACCGAAGAAUCAGUUUUACUUUCCUAUCUCCUUAACAAUAAACUUGAAAGUAAUAUAACUCUUAAACAAUUUACAAAUUUAUUUCCUAAUUCUUAUAAAAACAAUAAACAUAUUAAAACAUUAUAUAAAGAGUAUCAGACUGAGAGAAGUGAAACGAG